GACGAGUUUGCGCUGAUUGCCUGCGCAAACGCAGAGGUCUCAAUACUGAUUGCAUUCACCUGCUGCAGGCUGCGCGUCCAUGGUUUCAUCUUUGUAGAGAACAACUCUCUGAAAAAGCGUGGGAAUGAAGAUGAAAUCCAAGACUUUCUCGGCAUUACUUUUAAUGUUUUAUAUCGGAUUUGUACGGAGCAAACCUUCCUCGUUGUCUUGUCCCAGUGGACAAUUCGUAUUGAAAAACCAGUGUGUUGGAUGUCAUCCCACCUGCACCGAAUGUUUCGGUCACGAGCUCUUCGAGUGUACCGCCUGCGGAGUAGAUGGAGAUGGGUCGGAGCGGUUCCUUGACCAGGUGCGCUGUCGCCUCCACUGCCCCCGGGGGUUCUACCCCAACCGGGAUCUAUACGCCUGCCACCCCUGCAUGCCCCACUGCGAGCUGUGCGCUGAUCCCCAUGUCUGCGCCAAGUGCGCGCAAAACUACAAACUCCAGAGGGGGCUGUGCCAGAGAGCGGACUGCGGAGAGGGCCAGGUUGAAGACCCUGAUAGUGGGGAGUGCGUUGACUGUGAGAUGGGAUGCAAAACCUGUUCACCAGAUGACCCAGAACUGUGCAGCAGCUGUGUGGCAGGAUACUUUCUGUACAGGCAGCGGUGUCGGCGCAGCUGCCCACAGAGGACCUUCGCCGAUGGGGACCGGGGCAUGUGCGUCAGCUGCCCCGAACCGUGCGCCGACUGCAGGAGCAAGACCCUGUGCCUGUCCUGCCAGGACCAGCACUUCCUGUCCCAGGACGGCUGUGUGAAGCGGUGCCCGGUGGGCUCGUUCGGGGACCCCAGCAGCCGGCGCUGCCAGGCGUGCCACAGCUCCUGCCUGGCCUGCCACGGCCUGCGGGCGCUGGACUGCGACAUGUGCCCCGACGGAAACCUGCCCCUUUACGGCCAGUGCCCCGCCGCCAGCUGCCUGCCCGGCCAGUACUACCACGGGAUGGGGAGCGAGUGCCAAUCGUGCGACGUGUCCUGCAAGACCUGCUUCGGCCCUCAGGCCCUCGACUGCUCUGCCUGCCGUGAAGGGUACUUCCUGGACCAGGAGGGCUCCUGUGUGGAGCACUGCCCUCCCGGAUUCUUCUCCAACUCGGGCACGGGCCUGUGUGAGGGCUGCUCCCCAAACUGUCAGACCUGCGAGGAGGCCAGCGACCGCUGCCUCAGCUGCCAGAAGGGAAACUACAGGCUGUUUCUCCACCAGGGGGCGUGCCUGUCCAACUGCCCCGACGGUUUCGUGGAGAGCGCAGAGGGCCGGUGCGAGGCCUGCGCCAGCCCCUGCCUGACCUGCGACCAGACGGCGUCUCAGUGCCUGUCCUGCGCCCCUGGCCGGUACCUGGAGGAGGGCCGCUGCUCCUCCAACUGCUCCCUCGGGAGCUACGCGGCCCAGGACGGGACCUGCAGGCGCUGCGGAGCCCACUGCAACGCCUGCGCCGACGCCCACAGCUGCUACAGAUGCAGCUUCCUGUACCUGCUGCUGGACGGAGAGUGCAAGGCCAGCUGUCCGGAGGGCUUCUUCGAGGACCUGGACGAGGGACGCUGCGUCCCCUGCCACUCCACCUGCGGCACCUGCUCCGGGCCCCUGCAGGACGACUGCGAGACCUGUUCCCCCCAAAGCCCCAAGCUGUACGAGGGCACGUGCUUGGAGGGCUGUCCCACGGGCACCUAUUACGAAACCAGUGCCGGGGAAUGUCAGGAGUGUGACCAGACGUGUGCGGAGUGUUCCGGGCCUCAGCCCACCUGCCUGCGCUGUCAGAAAGGCCUGGUCCUGGACCCCAACACCAUGCUGUGUGGCGUCACCGGCGACUCGCGCUGCCCGCCCCGGACCUUCCUGCAGCAGAACCAGUUCACCUGCCGGGCCUGCCACCCUCACUGCGGGUCCUGCGACGGCCCCGGCGCCUCCGACUGCCUGACCUGCACGACGCCCAGAUUCCUCCACAACGGCUCCUGUGAGAGCGAGUGCCCCGUGGGCUCCUUCUCCUCCAGCGAGCAGGCGGAGGGCACGGAGCUGGGCCUCUGCUCCCCCUGCGACCGCGUCUGCGCCUCCUGCUCCGGAGCCUCGCCCAAGGACUGCCUGACCUGCUCCUCCGGCCUCCUGCACCUCCUCAACCUCUGCCUCUCCCACUGCCCCACGGGGUACUACGCCCAAGGGAGCCGCUGCGAGAGGUGCGACCGCUCCUGUGAGCUGUGCUGGGGCCCCGGGCCGGGCUCCUGCCUGGCCUGUCCUCACCACCUUCUGGAGCUGCAGGGCACCAGGCUGUGUGUGGAGCGCUGUCCCAAGAGGUUCUACCAGCAGGGCCACACCUGCCAGCAGUGCCACACCAGCUGCAAGACCUGCACAGACGGCACGCCCCAGGGGUGUCUGACCUGCGACUGGGGGAGCACACUGCAGGAAGGCAUCUGCUACCCACGCUGCGAGGAGAGACGCUACCUCUCUGAGGAGGAGCAGUGUGAGCUGUGUGACGGCUCCUGCAGACACUGCUUCGGUCCCCGGCCGGACCAGUGCCUAACCUGCCCCCCCAACUCCGCGCUCCACGCGCUGGAGAACCGCUGCGCACGCUGCUGCCAGGCGGCCUCCAACGCCACGGACUGCUGCCUCUGCGAUGCCAACACCGCGCUGUGCGUGGAGCCCCCCGGGCCAGUGACAGAGAGGGGCCACUCUGCGGUGAACCUCAGCACCCGCAUGCUCCAGCACACCCCCACCGCUCUCCCCGUCUCCUUCAUCGCGGUCCUGGGCCUGGCGCUGGCCGCGUACGGCCUGGUCCAGGCGCGGUCCAGGAAGAGGCUGUGCUGGAACGACCGGUACGAGAGGCUGACCGGCGGCGGCCGGCUGGAUUGCGAGCGCAUGCCCCACGGCGUGCCCGACCCGGAGGACAGCGGGGACGAGGUGGACGUGGUGUACGCCAGCCACGACGGCACCGUCUACCGCCGCUACAACUUCCUCCAGGACCGCCACCCGGAGUGCGACCCGGAGUGCGACUCGGAGCCGGACGAAAACACCCAUCUGAACAAGCCUUAGAUUCCAGGAAUACAUUUCAGAACAAUGCCUGAAAGGGAGCUGUUCACUGUGUUUAAAAAUGAUCCCCCCUCCUUUUGUCGUAGGUUUCACACAUUUUUUUUUUAUAAAUGUGGAUGAAAUUUGGAUCAAAAAUACCAUUUAUUUUUUUGGAGCAAAGAAUAUUUUGAACUACAGUGUUUAGUUUGGAUGGAUCCUCAACCGAUGUUGAAUUUGAUGUUCUAUUAAUUUGUGC